UACUCCGUGACUCCCAUUUCGGAUCUGAAAACACACCCCGAGCUAAAGAAAAGACUCGAAAGUCUAUGCUUACACAAAGUGACAAGUAAUAAUGAUUAUGGCAUUCCAGGAUACAUGUGGAUCUGCCAUGGCAGGUUUAGCUUUUUGUUUGGAGAUAAUGCAGUGCACCUAAAAUGAAUGGGUCUUCUUCUUAUUCUGUCAUUGUCCCUUCUUGGCAUCGUCUCGAGGCAUCUUUUCUCCCUCCAUACAUACUUCAACUGCAGUUGGCCAAGCUAUUGCAUUGGGAUUUGUUCCAGUAGAGUCUGCGUGGAGAAUCUUGAGGUGCUCCUCUGCCUCAUCAGCAAGGAAUGCUGAGUUCCAUCUUUCCAUAGCACAAGAGUGAAGCUGAUAGAAGACUUCAGGUGUUGAUCUUUGUUUCACCAAGAAACAUCCUUCCGUGCUUCUGAGAGUUACUCAAGUUCCCAUACAGAGCAGUUUCUUUGGAAGAAACUGGUUGAAAACCUCUCACCUCCUCAAAUAGUUUGUGGAAAUGAUCUACUGAAGCCUUUUAAUAUGCAGGACUGAGUUCAACAUGAAGAAUCAUAGUCUCAGACUGUUUAGAAUACCUACUCUUCUGUUGCUGAACAUGAGACUGAUCUAAUCUUACUUGUUUGUCAUCACCUUUCUUCCGAUAGGCAGAGUUGCUGCAGACUGAAUAAUCUGGUAGAGCUUUUUUGCCUAACAAAAAGAAGCUCAGAUGGGUACAAUCAAGAAGAUUAGCUGACUGAUAAGUAGCCUAGCUUUUGGAGGCAACCUGAAUUCCUAUCCUUUGCUUGAUUCAAUCAACUUGCAACACUAGUUCUUGCAGGUUUUCAUUCAGUUCUUGGAAGACAGAAUCUGAAGCAGACAAUAGAGUCCAGAAGUUGCAGUGUCUUGAACUCCAUUCUUGAUGAGUGAUGUCCUGAGGCGUGCAGAAAUUUAGUUCUUGGCACUAUCUUAAGCAUCUUUCCUCUUCAUGUAUGUAUGUAUACAUGAACUGCAAUUGGCCAAGACACAAGAUGCCAAAUGAUCAUUAAAUGAUGAGAUGCUCAGCUCGAUCAAUCAACCAUUGUUUAGGAUCAUUUCUUCUUCAAAAGAUUAGCCAAGAAUAGCAAGAAUCCAAAACAAAAUUGGCCUUAUCCAAUAGAGCAUCCCAAGUAUCACUCCCCAAACAUCAUCUUCACUCCAUUUCUGAAAACCCAUGGAGAGAUGCAUGAAGCAGUAUGACAAGGACUACAUGGAAAUGAAAACGAUCAUGUUAAAGCAGGAAGGAACUUUCAGACACCAGGUCCACGAACUCCAUCGUCUGUACCAAAUUCAGAAGCUGUUGAUGCGGAAUACAAAGCCUGCUGCCAUGAAAAUGCGACGACAUAUGAAGCCAGAAACCGAGUUAUGGAAUGUAGAGAACGAGACAGCAUCUCACAGAAACUCACACAGGAGGCAACCUCUUUGUUCUCUUGAUCUGGAAGCCCCAGCAGAGUACAUCAGAGGGCACAAUGGAGAUGAAGAGAGUGAGUUGGAGCUGACACUUGCUACCGGAAGCAGCAGAUCUCAACGGAAGAGAAAAUAUGCUACAUUUACUUCAGAUUCAGGAUCAACCUUUUCUUCAUCCUCAAUCGAAUCUGGGGGUUUAGUCCCAGAUAUAUCCACCAGGUUCAGAAAUGAAGGAAAGAGUGGGCUCAACAUCGAGGAACAGAUGAGACAGGAUGCAGCAAAACAACCUCCUUGGCUCUUCCAAUGUACCAAACAAGACAUGGUGGCUUCUUUCAGAUUGUAAUGAUUCGUAUGAUGCUAGCUUUCUACCACAUUUGACCUCUUA